UUCCCUCUGGGCAUCGCCCCUGAGCGUACCGAAUACUAGUUGUUGUUUGUACGAACCAGUUGACUUGCAUGUUAAGUGGUUGCAUCCUGUACAGUUGUACACCUCCAUUGCGCCGUCGCAUGCGCUGCCCGUCUUGCGUCGGCGCACUCGGAUCGCCAUCGACGGUGGGAAGGGCCAGCAGUCCCCUUGACGAGUGUGGCCUCGGCUACCAAGUGCUACUUGAUCACGAUGGGCGUAUUGCGCAAAAUCUUAAUGUUGAACGGGAGGCUCUUGACGUCGGCGAGGGUGUCGUCAAAGAGGUGGAUGUGGCCGGUGCUGUCUUGGCCAACGAUGUGCUUGACUUCUUUCGAUUCAAGCGCAAUCGAGUCGGUGGCGGUGGUGGUGUGCAAGUUUUGUUUUCUCUUCGCCAAGUCCUUUUCGGGCAAACCAAAGCACAGCAUGUGGUGCAUAAAGUACCACUGAAGCGUGCUGAGGCGACGCGCGUGGCACGUAACGAUCGCGUCGUCCUUCACAAAGUCGACGUCGUCGACCAAGUCGCACAGGACGCACGUCGAAUUGAAGAUCGCUUGCCGGGACAAGCUGUUGGCCUUGAGCGGCCGCCACACGAGGCCCGACAGGAGGAGGUGGUCCACCGUAAGGACCAUGAACACGUUCAGGACGAGCCCGACCAAGAUGGCCAGCACGACGCGGAUGUAAAAGCCCUCGAAAAAGUCGACGAAUUGGCCGUCCAGGACCUCAAAGCGAUGGUGAAUAUCCCAUCGGCUCUGAUUGUUGUACUCGAUGUAGUCGGGGAUGAAAAAGAGCAAAAUCGUCGUCAAGUACAUCAUCGUGACGCUGCUAAAGUUGAAAAACGGCAUCACGCGGCUCUGCCCCGAGUACGUUGCCGGCGCCACGAGGUUCAUGGCGACCUUGCACAGCUUGAGGAAUGCGAUGUUGAGCCACAACACCCGCGUGCUCAACGCAAACAACUGGAGCGUCAUCCCGAUGUGGUUGCUGUGGCGAUUGAAUACACUCACUUCUCUCGUAAAGACCACGGCAUGCUUCGUGUCCAGGAUGAUGCUGAGCGCGUACAGCACGACAAAGUGAUCGCUGUUGUAGCAAAAGAUAUCGAAGCGAAUCGCAUGGCUCAGGUGGGGAAAGUACCGCGGCGCAAAGAUCUGAACAAUCUUGGUCCACACCGUUUCGACUUUGUCCGGGGUCACCUCCGCCCACUGGACCGUCUUGCGGCUCGCGAGGUAGCCCCCGAUGACGAGUAAUAGCGCCAGGGCCUUGAGCACGACCGAGAUGGAGCUGUAAAUGUCGCGGCUAAACAUGAGCCCCACGUCGUGCGACGAAUGGAGCACGAAGUCGCUCGUCACGUUCAACAAGUUGGAGUGUGGGUCAAACUCCAUCGUGAAGUUGCAUUUCCCACGGCCAAGCUCAGCAAUCGGCGGACACCCCGUGCAGUAGCUCUUGGUGUACAACCGAUAAAAUUUGACCAGACUCGACUGCGGCGUCGACGUGUUGUGCACGCGAAACGCCGUCGUGAGCUUCACGUCCGCUUGGAUGCGAGCGGCGACAAACCCGAGGGCCUCCAGGUCCGACGACGUGGAGGCUGGAUCGGGCAAGUUCUUGGUCAAGUCUUCUGUGAUGAAAUGCGUCAGCGAGUUUCCCCGAAGGUACGUGAUCCCAUCCGUGGCCGUGCCGAGGUUGACGGGCUCGGCCACGUCGGCGACCGUGUAUGUGCCGGAGAAAGACGAACACAAGUUCAUCGCUGGUCCCGUGAUUUCGUACGUCCCGCCAGAGAUCACAUAAACACUCGGGUCGAUCUCGACGAGUUUCUGAAUAGCGUAGUCGGUCAUCCAGUGGCCGAUGUUGGACAGCUUCGAGAUGUUCAUGCCAUGGGCAAAAUUGUACGCCGCGGCGACGUCGUAGAUCGAUUUGGAGCGCGCCAGCGGCGUGCGGAACUGCAAGCCGUUGCCACAAAAGUCGUUGAUGGACCAGUUGUUGACAAUUGAGUCAAACCCAACGAGCACGCACACGACGCACCCAACGGCGGCCCCGACCGUCGGGCUCAAGCGGCGAUAUGCUUUGGACAAUGCCCGGGUCGUCUGGACAGGCACGAAGUCACCAAUGUUUAUCGAGGCGAGCUGAGCGUCCGAGAUCAGGUCGGCUCGUGGCUGGAACAUCGAUGAAGUCGAGUGAUUCGCAAGUGCGAACAGUUCCUCAGCCGAUGGCGCUAUGAGAGAGCAC